UUCAUUCGUUCGUUUGCGCGUCCCGUGGAUGUCGCGUUGCGCGGCCAAAAAAAUCUUUUAUUUUUAUUGCUAACGAGUUAGCUCGAUAGAAACAAUUAAAAGUAGUUUCGUCAUCAAAAGCAGCCGUUAACAUUUUGGCAAAGGACCGCGCUGUGUUGUAUUUUAAGUUAUAAAUAGAGGCGUUACUGUGACAAGCCAUUGUUUUCGUUGUGGAGUGCAGUUUGGUUGUUCGGAUCUCGUCACGAUGCCGACGAGUGCAGUGUACCAGCCCACCACGGUGACCUACGAGCAGCAGCCCGAGGACUCGCGGUGGAACUGCCCCAUCAGCUACUUCUCGCGCCGAGUGACCAGCAGCCUCAACCGGGCCGUCUGUGUGAGGCUCGGCCUCUGCCUGCUCGGAAGCACCCUCUUUGUCAUUGGCCUGGCGCUGGUGAUAGCGGGCGGCGUGCAGUACUCGGAGCCGCCGCCGCCGGGCCCGGAGGCGCCGCCCUCGGGUGACGUCGCCAUGCUCAUCGCGGGCGGGGUCGUGCUGUGUCUCGGGCUGCUGUUUGCUGGUGUAGGCUUCUGGGCGUGGUCGGCGCGCUGGGGCGGCGGCAAGGAGGCCCCGUCCGGCGGCGCGGCGGCGCUCACGGCGCUCAACCCCUCCACCGACCCGCUGGUGGCCGCCCAGUACGCACCGGUCCGGGACGCGCCCCCGGCUCCCGAUGAUGAGAUGCGCAACCUCAUGGAUAACAAGGAGUGCUUGAGCAGUGCUGAAGAAAGCGAUAAGAUGCUGGACGGCCGACCUUCGGUAGCGUAGACGAGGAGUCGCGGGGACUGCAACAGUAUCAUCUAGAAUCAACUCUUAACAUCAUUGUUACAAGCAAUUGGAAGAACCCGUCAAGUAAAUACUUUAGUCAGAAUGGAGUUAAUUCCGUCUGAUAAUUCAAUGUUUGUAACUCAAACAUAGGAUAUAUCAGCAGUUAACGCUGUAAGUACCAUCCUGACUAAAUUAUUAAGGUAACACAAUACAUACCUAUUUAGAAACUCAUUUCAAAUUUGUAGACGAUGACAAUGAGUUUGUAGUAACUUGGUUGAAGUGGCACUAUAAAUGGCAGUUUGCAGUAAGAAAUGUAUUUUAAUACCGCUCCGAUUUGGUGUCCAUAUUGAAUAAGAUUGCAUUUCGUGGUACAAAGAUAGUGAAAAUGUGUGUUGAGUUGAGCGCGGAGAGGUAGCAAGCUCAAAGAGUGCUUGUGUGUGAUAGAUAUAAAGAUUCAGUUUAUAUUAUAUUUUUAAGUUAAAUAAUAUAAUGGAGAUCUUCAUUUUAUGCAUUCAUCUUAACUUUGACGUAAGCGGUUAGCUUAAUAUAAACACAAAUUAUAUCUACAUACUUACAUAAUAAUAUAUUAUGUGUGUCGUCUAUGAACAUUAUCAAGUAGCACCUUUGAAAUUUAUUUAUGUUUUCAUUAUAUUCUCAUCCUUUCAACUAAGAUUGUACUUAAAAUAAAAACUUGUAGUGACAAAUGAAUUCAAAACUAAGAUAUUUUUUAUAAUAAAAUAUGUAUCUAACUGGAAUAAUUAAUCAGUAAAAGUGGCCAAAUUAAUUAUCGUCCAGAGCACCUGCGGUGUGUUCUACUCUGUAUUUGAUAUCAAAUAUCGUUAUGAGAAUCUAUUUGAUUUUGUUGUAGGAACAUUACCAUAUCUGAACUACAUUGCAACACAAUAAGAUUAUUAAAAUUCCAUUUUACAAUUAUAACGUUUUUAUUUAAAGUCAGUACAUUAGUACUGUAAUACUGGACUAUUUAUAUUUCAGAAAAUGUGUUAAAUUACUUUAUAUGUUUACAAGAUCUUUUGGAGUAUUUCCUUAUAUUUUUGUGUUUAAGCCCGUCCUUUAGUUUUAAGUUAAAUAUCAUAUAACCUGAGUAUUGUUAAGUAAGUCGCUCUCUAGUAUAAACUACGAAACACCUGUAUCUCAUCACGAUCGACAAUACAUCACAUAUUUACCUACAAACUGUAGUGAACUGAACAAUCAGAGUUCAUUAGAUUUCGAGUUAGUCAUCAGAAAUGUAAAUAUAAACUCAUUUCGAUCUUCUUAGGAAUAAUGAAGUAGUUUAGCUGUAAGAUAGAUGCCUAAGUACGAAUAUAAUAUCACAUAUUACACUUAAUACAGAAUGUAUAUUUUUAACCUUGAAGGAAUUAGAUUCAUUGAAUCCAGAUAGGUUGCCUUUUUCCCCUCGGAACCUUGUAUAACUUCAGUGAUGUCAUAUCUUGCAGGUUAAAUAUUUCGGUGCAAUUUUUAUUUAAACAAAGCUUUUUAAUUUAUACUUUGUAUGUUAUCUUAUUCUAUGUAUAUUCAGAACUAUGUCAGGUACUUUCAAGUACCUCCUUGUGUUUUAUUUAUGUAAACUGAUUAUAUUUCUUAACAAUAUUGCAUUGUCGAUUUGUCAAUAAACAAGCUAAUAUUACGGAAA